AUGGUGCCCCGAUCAUGCAGACCACAACAUGCACAGCUUCAGCAUAAAGAAUUCGAGGAGCGCAAGAUGCAGUAGUCUUGAUUGUUUCUCUGGGUCUCCAGAACAGUAACGUCCCGUCAAGUUCACCAUGGUCAGACUUGGUGUCAUUUCGGCCCUUGCUUGGGCGGCCGGCCAUUUUGUUGCCGCAUCUCCCAACCCAGCACCUCUUGUUGACAUCCAGACGCGCAAUUUCCCAGGCACCUCAGACGAGUAUACGCUCCAUACCAUCCUUCGCCGGCUUGCGGACCUGGCCCACCGGCGGCGAGACAAUGUCUUUACCAAAAGCUUGAGCCUCGACAAAAGCUGGACGGAUGCCGCCCUGUUCAAUUACACCCACGAGGUCGCCGGUGUCCAGGACCUCGAAGCCCAAGUCACCGUCGAGGUGGUGUGUGUGACAUGCUAUCUCAAAGGUGGUGCUACCGCCACAUUGAGCAUCAAUGGUACCUUCGACUUUGGAGACACGAUGAAGAAUCUCACGUCACAGCUCAAAGAGGAGUUCAAGAAUAUGACCGAAACAGCCCUUGACAGCAUCAAGAAGAUCACCACUAACGUGGCGGAGGAGGUCGGCGACUUCUUCGACCCCCGGCCGGGUGAGGACUUUGAGCUUGAAGAGGUCAUCAACUUUGACAACUUCACCAUUGACGUCGACACUGACAUUGACCUCCCACCCCUUCCUGAAGUCGGCGUCCUGUUUCAGAUCGACAAUUUGGACUUGUACAUGCUUCUCGACACGACCAUCUCGGCGGGCGCCACCUACACCAUCCCCAUUUUCAAGUCCCAAACCAGCUUCGGUGUCUCGGACCCCACGAACCCCGACCUUGAGAUUGGUCUCUUCGUGACCAUGGAUCUGAUCCUCAACGUCGAAGGGGAGAUUAGCUUGCGCUCCGGGUUCCACCUCCUGCUUGAGGACCCGGUGGGCUUCAAAAUUGCCCUCUUUGGCAACGACGUGUCCGACAUGAUCUUCAACGGCGGCCGAUUCGAGUUUCUUCCUGUCAUCCUACUCCGUGGCGAGGUGGCUCUCAGGGCGAUCCUCCGCGUCGGUAUGCACGCCGGCGUGUCGGUCUCGACGUCGUCGUUGAAGUUCCAAACGCUCGGGCCUGUCACCAAAAAGAUAUCAGAGAUGGCUCAGUUCGAGGCCGGUGUGGAAGUCGGUGUCUUCGCUCAUGUUGCUGAGUUUCUUACCAACGUCACGGGUGGCACCCUUCUGGCCGCCGACGAAGGCUGUGCUUUGAAGAUUGUCGAAGAGUACACCUUGGCCGUCGGCGCAACUGCCGGAGCCACCGUUGCCGUAGGAGAGCAUACAUGGGGUCCCCAACCAGCGACCACCAUCCCCCUCUUCUACACCACGCUCGCCGACAUCUGCGCAAGCACCUCCUCCACCACCCUCUCAACCGCAUCCCCAACCGCUACCGCAUCCUCCAUUACCCUCGCCGCCCGCCAGGAAAGCGAUCAACCCCCUCUCCAAACUCACACCCUCACAACAAAGGUCCUCCACACCGGCAUAGGCUGCGCCUCGCCGGGCCUAGUCAUCUGCCCGGCCUCGCUGCAGACGACCUCGAUCCUGACAUCCACCAUGACACUGGUCACGGCCGUCCCGAAGGGUGUGACGCCUAUGUUCCCCGCCUCGACGGCGCUCACCGUGGCGAAUACCAUUCCGUUUGGGGAGGGGAAGGCGGUUGGGAGUAUUGCGGCGACGAGCGGGGCGCCGGUUAGUUACGUGCCGCCUCCUCCGCCUCUUCCGCCUCCGGCGUCGAGUUCGAGUUCAGUUGAGGACGGUAAUGGGGGUGGGGUGGUGGGUGAUGUUGGGGAGGUUUUUACGGGGGAAACGGGUGGGAUGAGUAAUAAAUUGAUUAUUGGGUUGAGUGUGGGGUUGGGGGUCCCGGCUGUGUUGGCGUUUGUGGCCGGGGUGGUGUACUGGCUGAGGCGUAGGAGGUACGCGCCUGUGCCCAAGUCGGAUACGGCCAUGGAAUAUGCUGGUGGGUAUGAGAGCCCCAUGGCCGCGGAGCGAGAGAAUAUGCUUAAGAAGACGCCUGCUGUGACUAUUGGUGAGGUGCCGCGUUGAUGGCCGGUUCUCGUGCUGCAGUGGUAUGACUCGGCUGUGAUUACGGAUUCUGCUGAGAGAGUGUCAUGACCUCGAGGCGGAAGAUAACACAGCACUGUUUAAGUGGACUGCAUGCAUCUGACCUUGGAUCUAGCUGCAACUCCAUUUCGUUUUGUGUACACUACCGUACUAAGGUACCUGAGAGAGGUUGGGUCUGAAGCUUUGUUAUGCAAUUAUAGUUGGGUCU